AGACACACAAUAUAGUCUAUUCUAUUCAUUGCCAUAAGUCACAGAUGUCAAACAUUGCAAUGACAAAUAUUUUAUUUUUAAUAGGCUAAUUAAUUGUGCAGCAGAGGGUUGCACUGUCUGCGUAAUUUGUUCUUAGUUUUUAUUAUCUGUGCUCUUCUUAGUCCUCAUAUCGAUGGACAUGUCUUCAGCUGACAAGAAACAUAAAGAUAAGCUGAUCGAACAUGUCACUAAAGAGGUUAAACAGAUUAUGGAAGAGGCCGUUACGCGGAAAUUUGUUCACGAAGACAGUAGCAAAGUCACAUCAUUGUGUGGAGCUGUAGAAGCCUGCCUCUCACAAGGCCUUAGGCGUCGAGCUCUUGGUUUGUUUAAAACCAGCUCUACCACCGCUCUUCUGCACAAGAUUGCAAAAAGUUUUGAACCUGCUGAUCUAAUUUCAAAGAAAGUCCGAGAUAUUGAAAAUGCUGACCCCAACAGGAGGUCAUCAUCUAGUGGUGACAGUAUGAACAGGAUUCCUACGGCUUGUAUACUAACCAGUAGUGCCAGCUUUACCAAACCUCCACUGCAGAAGAAGAACUCGUCCGGAAGUGGACUGACUGCUGCUCCUCAGACGCCCAAGUAUCUCUGGAUACGUCUGGCGCUGUUUGAAAAAGUUCUUGCCAAAAUUAUUGACUACUUGGUCCAAAAUAGCAGUAAAUACUACGAGAAAGAUUCAUUGGUAGCUGAUGCAGAAUAUGGGUCAAUACUUAGCUCUCUUUUAGUGGGCCCGUGUGCGCUAGACUACUCCAAAACGAAGACUCAGGAUCACUUCUGGACAGACCCUCCAGCUGAUGAGCUGGUCCAGAGACACCGGAUCUCCAGCGGGGUUCUGUCACCCUUUACAUGUCCCCGACCUGUACUCAAUUAUCGAAGAAGUUUACAAGCAGUAAGUUCAGAAGAGGGAAGGCAAACCCCAACUUGUGCCAAGGAUUAUGUAGAGUCUUUACAUCAGAAUAGCAAAGCUACUCUGCUAUAUGGGAAAAACAACGUUCUAGUAAUACCUAAAGAUCUUACAGAACCAAUGCCAGGAUAUCUUUCUCUUCACCAGACAGCUCAUUCUCUAACCAUUAAAUGGACACCUAACCAACUAAUGAAUGGGUACCCAGAUGCCGAAAAACAGGACAAUAAAAGAGAAGAAAGACGAUUCAGCUUACCUGCCGUCCAAAAUUACAACCCACCACGGUCCCCCAAAGCUCUUCAGUUUCGACGGUCUAGCACAAAAACACAAAUGGUUAUGUACUGGGAUUGCGCUUUGAACGUUAGAGUCAAUGAAAUUGUUUACGUUCACUGUCACCAACAAGGUGAUAACGGGGGCACAAUAGUGUUGGUGGGGCAAGAUGGAGUGCAGAGGCCUCCGAUACAUUUUCCUGGAGGGGGACACCUACUAGCUUUCCUAUCCUGCCUUGAAAAUGGACUUCUGCCCCAUGGUCAACUUGACCCCCCUCUCUGGUCUCAGAGGGGUAAAGGCAAAGUCUUUCCCAAGCUUAGACGAAAAGGAAGAGGACUUUCGAAUGACUCUAAUGAAGAAUCCACCGACUAUGUGUUCCAAAUCAUACAAAAAAAUAGACAUGAAGAUUAUUUGAUGGGAUCGAACCAGGAGUUGCUGGAUCCCCGCCAGUGGUUGUCUCAGCCUCGGACAGCCCCAGCUAGUCCAGCCCCACACACCAGACAUCAACUGCUCUCCUCUUCCACCAGUUCAACCUCCAGCUCAAAGUCCUUCUGUAACGGAGAGACAGACAUGACUCCCGUUUGUCUUCCACCAGCUCCACACUCGGCCCCCCCACUCUCAUCUGCUUACGCUGGGUUUCAACCACGUAAUUUGGCUAUGUACAUGUACACUAUGUACAGAAACUACCGACGUUUCGGCCACGUUGCAGUCAGCCAUCUUCAGGACGAGCCUGUGAACUAA